AUGGCAAUCGUUGGGAUUGGUGUCGAUGUGGUGCGCAGUGGCCGCUUGCGCAGGACUUUUGACAAGCAUGGCGAGCGCUUCCUCCGACGAUAUCUCCAUCCACAAGAGAUCGAGCAGUUUCGCUCCAUCAAGGAUAGCCUCGCCCAAACCCAGUUCCUCGCCAACAGGUGGGCUGUGAAAGAAGCCACGUACAAAGCCUUCAAAGCAUGGCGGAUUCCUUUCCCAGACAUUCUGCUGGACAAGCAACGUUCAGUGCAGCCAUUACGUCCGCACAUGGGUCACCUUCUGCCCCUGCACCUCGCGACCGUCCGCACCCCUGUCCUUGUGUUUGAUGGUUCUGCCCAUCACUUGGCCGCAGCGCUCCAGGUCACGGCCACGCACGUGUCGUUGAGUCAUGACGGUGACUACACCAUCGCCCACGUCGUGCUCGAAUCUUCGCCUUGA